AUGGUCCCGAUGAGAUUGGAGCAGAAGGGGACGGAGGUGGCCGGGCUGUUGGAGCAGAGGGAGCAGCUGGUCGCUCACCUGCAGCAGUACUCGGCCGGGUACCAGACUCUGGCCUCAGAGCGAGAGCAGAUCCAUCAUCAGUACCAGCAGCAGACCCAGACCAUGGAGCGGCUGCAGCACGACGAGAGCCAGGGCCGAGUGCAGCUGGAGCUCAGCCACAGCCACCUCCGAGCAGCACAGAGCCACUUGGAGCAGUUGGUGAGAGACAAUGAACUGUUAAAAGCGGAGGUGACGGAGCUGCUCAAUGGUUCAGCGCAGACCACUCCGCCCAGAGUCCAAGGUGACGGAGUCGAGAGUCAGGACCCAGGAGAAGGUCACGCUCUGUCCUCGUCACUGGUUAUCCCAGAGGAUUUUGCAACACAGAAGGAAAUGGAGGACUUCAUCCGAGGAGCUGUGGAGGCCGAGCGUGACGAGGCCAGGAGGCGUCUGGAGGAGGAGCACCGGCUGCACAUGGCUGCACGGCAUCAGAGCCUCCAGCAGCUCGCUCAGACCUCAGACGGGACCUCAGACCAGACCUCAGACCCACACAAGGACCACCAAGACUCAGAGCGGGGCGUGCCGGUGGAGGUGCAUCAGGCGCUUCAGGCUGCGAUGGACAAACUCCAGCAGAGGUUCACAUCCCUGAUGCAGGAGAAGGCUGAUCUGAAGGAGCGGGUGGAGGAGCUGGAGCACAGGUGCAUCCAACUGUCCGGAGAGACGGACACCAUCGGAGAAUACAUAGCUCUGUAUCAAAGUCAGCGCGCCAUCAUGAAGCAGAAACACCAGGAGAAGGAGCAGUACAUCAGCAUGCUGGCCCAGGACAAGGAGGAGAUGAAGGCGAAGCUUGCGGAGCUACAGGAUCUGGUCAUGAGACUUGUAGCUGAGAGAAACGAGUGGUAUAGCCGCUUCACCAGUGCAGCUGCCACGACCAGGAACCCCGACCUCCUCCCACUCGGACCAGACCUGUUCCACCCAGGAGACCAUUCGCACACGGAGACAGACGCCGCCGCUGGAGAAGAAGCCAUGGAGGUCGUUCCUCUCUCAGACUCCGCCUCCUCUCUGGACUCGCCAUCGCCACAGACUCUCGCCGCUCGGCCUCAGACCGAACCGUCGCCGCCCGCAGAGGACGGCACGGCGCGGCAGAUCAUACAGCUGCUCAAGGAGAUCCAGAACCCACAGGGAGCUCCGCGGGCGCCGCCGUUCCUGGGCGAGAAUCCCUGCAUCCCGUUCUUCUACAGACCCGACGACCAGGACGAGGUGAAGAUCCUGGUCAUCUGA